AUGACUAAGACACUGGUUUUCGAGAUGGCGAUGACUUGUGAGGGUUGCGCGAACGCUGCACGUCGGGUCCUUGGAAAACUAGGCGAAGAAAAAGUAAAAGUUCUUGACGUGGAUGUAGCGACGAAAAAGGUGACUGUCGCUUCCGAAAUUCCUGCAGCAGAAAUCCAAGCGGCUCUCGAAAAGACCGGAAAAGCUAUUAAAUUGAUCAGCGAACAA